AAGUAAAUAUGGACAAAAACCUGAAGUUAACCUCAACUGGAAUCCAGUGCAACAGAGAUCUAGAGGAUGGUAUUGGAAAACAGCAUCCAUGUCAAAAAAAGAUGAAGCAGACCCCACUGAAGUUUUCAGUGCAUGAUGACUCUAUUGAUGAAUAUUCAUCAGAAGUAGACGAAAAAGACCCUGACUUUGAACCAAAUUUUUCUGAUGACUGUCAGUCUAACUCAUCAAUAAAUGAAAAUUAUCAACCAUGGAAAGAUAGGAAGUUCAUUGUGUUUGAAUCAAGGCUAUUGGAACUGUUUCAAUUUUGUCCAUCUUGUUCUGCACCUGCUUUAUUUGACGUGAAGAGAACUGUUGGAUCAAUGGUUAAAAUAGAACAGGCUUGUGGUGGAUGUGGCUUCAACAGAAUAUGGGAGAGUCAGCCCAUGAUAGGAUCUGUACCAGCAGGAAAUCUGAUUUUCUCUGCAGCUCUUCUCUUUACUGGAUUACUUCCCUCUAAAACCAUCCGGUUCAUGGAACAGAUGAAUGUCUCAUGUAUCUCCUCCAAUACUUUUUUCCAACACCAAAAGUAUUAUUUACAUCCAUCUAUUUGUUCGGUGUGGAGGACCUUCCAAGAAAAUUACUUCACACAAAUGGCUGCCAGUGGGAAGGCUUUAACCCUAGGAGGUGAUGGUAGAGCAGACACCCCAGGUCAUUCUGCCAAGUAUGGGAGCUAUGGUUUGCUGGAUCUAGACCUUAUGAUUGUAAUACAUAUAGAACUAGUGCAAAGUAAUGAAGUAAAAAGCAGCUACCAUAUGGAAAAAGAAGGUUUUGUACGAAGCAUCAACCUUGUACAAAGUAAAGGACUAAAAAUCGGGGAGAUUGUGACAGACCGCCAUGUUCAAAUUGUCAAGUAUGCCCGAGAGGAAUUGCCGAACACCAAACAUUAUUUUGAUGUGUGGCAUGUAGCUAAAGGACUGAAGAAAAAACUAGUGGCUUUAUCCAAGGAAAAGAACUGUGAAGCAUUGCAGCCAUGGAUCCGUAGCAUGUGCAAUCACCUUUACUGGGUACCUGCCUCAACACCAAGUGGUAAUGGUCAGUUAAUGCUGGAAAAAUGGGAGUCGAUUGUCAACCAUGUCCAAAACAUACACGAACACGAUGGGCAGUUAUACACUGAGUGCUCACAUGGACCACUGGAGGGAAGAGAACGACAAAAGAAAUGGCUCAUUCCUGGAAGCAAAGCUGCAGAAAAAUUUUCUGAUAUUGCCACUUCAAAGCAAAUGAAGAAGGAUGUUCAGAAAUUAUCUCCAGGUGCACAGACUGCAUCGUUGGAAGGUUAUCACGCUGUUGUUAACCAUUUUGCACCCAAAAUGAUUGGGUUUUCAUAUCAUGGGAUGAAGUCAAGAAUCAUAUUAGCAGCUCUUCAUUUUAAUGAAAAUGCCAUGAGAGAACAGGCCUCCACGAAAGAGGGAAGGAAAAGAUAUGAUGUCAUAUUCCCCAAAUUCAAAAAAGGGGAAUAUUCUGUUAGAGAAGUAAAAGUCAACUGCACAUAUGGUUACAUUGACAAAUUAAUGAAAGUGGUCAUCACUUCAGCAGAGGAUCAGACCAUGAACUCCAGUGGUAUCAAGCUGAACGAUGUUCCUCCUCCACUUUGCAGUGCUUAUGAAAGACCAAAUAAAGAGACUGCUAUUCAAGAAAAACUUUCAAGAUUUUCUAGUCAUGAUGCUUUAGUCGACCAAGAUAAUGCAUGUUUAGAGAAGUAAUUCAUUGAUUGAUUGAUUUUAUGUUGUUUAACAUCCCUCUCGAGAAUUUUUCACUCAUAUGGAGAUGCCACCACUUGCCAGUGGAAGGCUACAUAUUUCGUCCUAUGCUCGGCAAUCAGGGCCUUUGAGCAGCGAGGGAUCUUUUUCGUGCCAGCACCUACUGCGACACGGGUCCACGGUUUAUAUGGU